UACAUUGCGUUGAGUCGCAUGUGCGCGCAUGCGCGUUUUAGAAUAAUUCCACUAUGCCAAUAGGAGCCGUCAGUUCACAGACGACAAACGUCACAUGUCAACAUGGCUGCCACUGUAUGCAACGAAGAUUUCACCAACUUACAGCUUCUUCUGAAGGCUCCUUCUAAAGAUGCAGUGAGAGAGGUUUGUGUGCAGAGUCAAAGAGGUCUGAGUCAGCGGCUAACUGAGAGCACUGCAGCAACACUCGGCAUUUCGGAAGCCCAGGCUGCACAGCUGGUCCAGUCCCUCCAUGCACUCUCCCAUUACGUCCUUUUCUACAACCUCAGCUCUCCAGAGCAGAUCCUCGCUAUCUUCCCCGAGUCCUUCCAUUCCAGUCUGAAAAACCUGAUCACCAAGAUUCUGUUAGAGAACAGUGCAACAUGGAGGACAGAAGCCCUCAGUAAUCAGAGUGAGUAGACUCUAUACUCGUCGUUUAUAGCUAUGCACAUAUGUGUGUGUUUACAUGUGUUUGUAUGCAUGUAAUGUAUGUCUCUCCUUCUAUAAACCAUACCAUGAUGGCAAAAGCUGAAUUAUAUGAGACAUAUAUUGUACCUCCGCCUGUAACAGCAAACCUGACAAAAAUCAGUUUUUGCCUUGUUCAUUGCAAUAAUGUAAUUUAUGUUGCUUUGUAAAAGCAAUUUGGCUGGACCACCAUUAUAUGUGGAAAACAAUGGGGAUGAUGUCACCAUCUGUCCAUAUAUUUUGCAGUUUUUACCAUUAUACUGCAAGAAGAUUUGACUGGGAGUUUAUCUUGCCAUUUCAACCCCCUGUGUUAAAAGACUGUCUGUAGGAGAUUAUUAUAUCUCAAUGUAAUAUCCCCUGAAAUCAUUGAGUCGUGUGUGUGC